AUCGUCAUCACGAAUACAUCUUUUAUAUAUUAUUACAUGACUGACAUCGGGAGAAAAAUAAAUUGCACUUUUUGCAUAUAAGAUUUAAUUUCUAUUUGGUAGUUUUUCUAUACAAAUUACAAUAAUCGAUUAGACUGUGCCAUAUAUUUAAAUUGUAUAUUAUAUAUUUCCCGGUUGAUAAAAUAACCUCAUACACACACACACACACAUACACACACACACACACAAACACACGCACACACGCAUACACACACAUGCACACACACGCACACACAAACACAUAAAAGCAGAUAAAGAAGAACUGAUCGAUUAGUUUAGCCGUUUAUCUGCUAGAUGUCAGUUUGUCUAUUCUAGUUCUGAAUGACUUGUUUUGUGAUUUCGGAAAAGUUGUCAUCAACGCAACUUUUGUUGUGGAGAUAGUUUGUUACAGAGUUGCAAAUAAUGCCGACUGCACAAAUACCUCCACCGCUGAUAGAACCACAACAGAAACAACAACAUCAACAGAUUUUUUUCCAAUAUCACCGUCGCAUCAACAUGUAUACAACACACAGCCAAAAGUAGUGGCGAUGUUUAGCUAAAAAUACAAACAAAAAAUUAGAAACACCACAUUUCUCCAACUCAAUCUGUUUAAAGUUUAAAGAGAUGGCUCUGCGACUCUUAGUCCCUUGGUUUCUAUUUCUACAUUGUUCUUCUAGAGUAGAAUGUAAAACUGUGAACAUCGUGGUGAUUUUACCGACCAACGAGCAAUGGCUAUUUUGUCUCCAGCGUGUUUUACCCGCAAUAAGACUCGCCAUGGACAAUCUUCCAAAAAUAUCAAAUUUGACGUUUUCAGUCAAGUCUGGAGAUUCGAAGUGUUCAAUAGCACAUGGCAUAAAAGCCUCUAUUGAUUUAUACAUGCAAACCCAAAUUGAUGUUUUUUUUGGACCCGUUUGUGAUUAUGCCGCCGGACCCUUGGUGCGACAAGCAAAAUUUUGGAAUAUACCAGUAAUUACAGCUGGUUCAAUGGCAAUGGACUUUUCGAGCUACCGUUUUGAAACCUAUCCUACUUUGACUCGAGUUGGUCCAGUAAACUUCAGUAGCCUUUUCACAUUCUUCCUUCGACUUUUCAAAUCCUAUGAAUGGACACGAUUUGUGAUUCUUUAUUCGAAAUUAGCAUAUUCCAAUAUUGUCACCAACAUGUGUCAUUUAACGAUAGAAGCACUUCAUUAUAAUUUCAUGGAAAAACGCUCUAUCUAUCAACAAAGACUGUUCAAGUAUGACCCUGGAGUGGAUAUUAACCGGAUGCUUCAAGAGGAGGUCACUGACAUGUAUGCAGAAACAGACAGAUGCAUUGGUGAACAUUCAACGGCGUUGGCGGGCAGAACAUUUAAAGCUGUAUUUGAGAAAAUGUUAGCUGACAUAGUGGUCUUCAUACCAUCCGAAUAUUGA